GCCGCCACUCCUCCUGGUCCUGGCUUCUUGUUUCUGCGUACGAGAAGUGUAUUGCUCCGCUCAAUUUCUUUUGGUUGCUUGUCGUUCUUGUCUACUAGCGAAAUAACGUCGUCGCUGGCCAUGGCCACCACCACCCAAAUCCUGUACAACUCGCCCGCGUUGCACUCACUCAAGCGCGAUCAGCUCGUCAAACUGUGCAAGAUUCAUUCUUUGAAGGCUAAUGGCAAGAAUACCGAGCUAGUCGAACGACUGAAGAAGCACGCUCUUGAACUCGGCCAGGAGACCUUCCUCGGCACCACAAACACUCACCAGCGGGACGAUCAGAAGGAGAAUAUCCACGAUGGAUUUGAGGUGCAGAUGCCAAGGCCAAGCGAACAAUGGGAGAUUGUAAUGGAAGACAUACAGGAGGUUGCUGAACCUCUCGGUACGACCUCUUCCAAAGGCACCUUAGGCAGUAUGCGGGGCGGAGCAGAGGAGUUCGGAUCCAAAAACUCGAUCGUGAGCUCCUCUAUUCGCUCACUGGCUACAUCGCUAGGCAUCAAGCGCGCCUCCGACAAGGCAGAUGCAAGCCUCAACAAACACGCCGUUCCUUUCGAGGACCUGCCGCCCACGAACGCACUGCCACAGACUGAACCCGCGCCGCUGAGCACGCCGGAUGUCGAGGCUCUCAAGCAAGCGGCGCGCGCUGCAGCGGACGAAGAUGACGGCGACAUAUCCAUGACAGCCCCCGUUCCCGGAAGCCCGUCUCGCCCCGGCGCCCCUGCUCCUACCAACGCGCGGCUGAGUAUGGGCCAGGGCCCAACGACAACUAUCCGCCUCAUCAACUCCACCUCACAGCAUGCACUCGAGGCACCCGGAACCCCGGUGUUGCCUGCGUUCCAAACAGACUUCGACCUCAUUCUGGGAUCCCCGAACCCGACUGCCACACCUGGGCAGGCGGUCAGGGUGUGGCCUGCCUCCCCUGGUGGUCCUUUCGAGCGAAUCUAUCCUGCGAUACCUUUCGAAGACUUACUCCCCUCAAAGACAUCCAGCCAGGCAGUCGAGGACGACGUCGACAUGCCCGGCAGUCUAGGCAGGCCAGAAAUACGCGCGACUGGAGCCACCCCCGCCAAGAAUCGAACACGACCUCUCUCCCAGGGUACCCCGAAGCCCGCUGAUGCGCCGGACGUCUUCUCCCCUAUGCGCCCCGCCGCAUCGAUUCCCACUGCCGUAGCUGACUCCGGCUCGAAGAAACUCGGCGUCCCUCGCAGCGAACCCUUUCUAUUCGGCUCUCCGCUGCCGCGGCACAGUAUCUCCAAUCAACAGUUCAGCGACACGGCCCAAUCUUUGAUGGAAGAGAUGCACCGCCGUCUUGCUGAGCAAACCAAAGGCAAAGAUCCCUCACAGAAGACAUCCGUCGGAGUGGCGCCGCCCAUUUUCGGUCUGAUUGAGAAGGGGCCGGGCGCGAACCAGCAGGCAGGCAGCCCGGAUAGAUUCGCAAAGGCGCAUCAAGCGCAUUUCAGCAAGAUGGAUUCGAUCACGACGCACUACGCAGCGAAACGUGUGGCCACUGCUCCUGCCGCCCAGUCUGCGGGUGCCGCGUCGAAGAAGCGCAAGUCUGACGUGCUGGGAUUGGGCCAAGCACCCGGUGCUAAACGGAAGAGCAGCGCUGCAGGUGCGCGGGUCAUCAGCGCCGGUGCGCGGAAGCGCAUGGCCGUCCCGGGAGGGUUUGGGGCCGACGAUAACGACGACGAAGAAGACGAGGAUCCGGGGGAUCGGCGCUCGUCCAAGCGUGUGCGGGUCUCCGAAGUCGACGGCGUGCACAACGGGAGGAGGGUGUCCAUUGCUCCUCCCACCGGCACGAUCCAGGAAGGCAACGAUAUGAACGAAGAAGAAAUCAAGAAGCGGAAGGAGCAGGAGACCGUUCGCCGGAGGCUCGAGGCCAAUAAGGCUCGACGGCGGAGCAGUAGAGGCCGAGUCAGCGUGGGUGGAAGAGCCGCACCUGCGAAAGCGAAACAGUCACGCUUCGGCUUUUUCGCAACUGCCAAGACGCUCGUAAAGAAUGUCUGGGGUAUGGGAGGUGGUUCGACGACAACCGGCAAACCUGCUCCACCUGCGAGCUCUAGCAUACCAGUUGCCAAAUCGACCCAGCCUGCGACUGCACCGAAGCCAACGACCGCCGCAGCCCAGCCAGCCCCUCAGAAUCCCAGUAUGAGAAGCACAGCCUCCACAGCACGCAAGAACUCUGUGUCCGCUUCGAACAAACUGCAGAAGCCGAGACCCGACGCGCAGGUAGCAUCAGCGAAAGGGAAUGAAACCGUGAAGUCGUCGCGGUCUUCUGUUGCACAGACUCGCGCUCCUAUCCCGUCUUUCGCUAGUCCCAUUGCGGGGACGGCUAGUUCGAGGACAAGCACGGCAACUGCGACGUCGAAGAUACCCUCGAGGCCUGGCUCUAUCGCAGGUGCUUCGUCGCUGGGGAUGCGGACCAGUCUGGCGACGAAGUCGCAGGGGCCUGCAUCGUCUGUUGGGACAAGGCGAAGCCUCGCAACCACUUCUGCUGGCGGCACCUCUUCGAGGGCGAGGACGUCCACGAGUUCCGCGCAGGGAAGCAGCGGCCCUACAUCUCGCUCUAGGACGUCGUCUCUUCUCGCGCCAACGGUCAGUUCUCUGGCCAAGACUGUUGGGAAGGCCGAUGCGGGAACGACAGCGAGGCUCUCGUCCCUGCCUCCUGUUGCAGAGCAGCCGACGAAGCGUGCUCCGCGGAAAUCGGUGGCAGCAACGAACAAGGCUACGCUUAACAUGAUCACGAACAGCCCUCGGUCGCCCCGAUCGCCGAGGCCAGCUAAGAUCUUCACGCAGCCACUCACGGCCGACACAUUCCGCAGUCCCACCUCGCAGAACAGCCCCGUACACCAUACCUCUCUCGCCGCCGCUGCGACUGCACUGGCGAGCCCGUCCAGGAUCCCCACAGCGGUGCCACCCAAGCCGAAGGGGCUCAUCGCGAAGAAGCCACGGAUCUCGCGCACUCGGGUCAUCGCGAAACUCGGGUCACAGCGGGAUGGCACGCAACCAGCGGCGCCGUCUGCGCUUGCACCUGCCCCUCGCAUGAGGUCGAGUAUGGGUGCGAGAAAGUCUCUGGGAGGAGUGAAGACCGGGCGUGCGAGCGCCUGUGGUGAGGCUGCGAAGCUUGCUGCGAAGAAGCGGGCCAGGCAGAGCGAGUACGCUCGCCGGCGGAGUCGUGCAGGUGAAGGGCUUAAGUCGCCUCUGGGACGGGCUAGUAUGGCUGAUGACAGCGCGAUGGACAUUGAUGCUUGAUUUCCUCUUCUAAGAUUAUACCCCUUACAGAUGUGAUCGUGCCAUCAUGUCUCACAUGCGACAAUGAGUAGUUGUCUUGGACUCAUGAAGCUUAUGUAUAUGUAUCUUGAUAUGUCGAGAGAAUCACACUUUGGCCUGUGGUACCGGUCUUUCUUCGACGUGCA